AUGUUCUCCGGAACAUUUAAAGCACUGUUAAAAACAGUGGUAAAUAGCAAAACGGAAAAUGGAAAUCAACCAAUUAAAGAACCACUUCGACUUCGAAAAGUUAUGCGAACUGUAUUGGCAGUACAAAAAUUUCUAAAACUUGAAUCCAAUAAAUUCAAACAAUCUAUCGAAUGUGAAUUCGAUAAAACAAUUGCAAUUAAUGAGUUGAAACGUUCCUACGAACAAGGCAAUUUAUUUCAUUUGGAGCAAUGUAAGAAAUUGGCAUAUUAUAUACGAAAGUUUACGAUUACAUUCGAUGAAUUGAGGAAUAUACAUGAAAAUCUGCCACAUCAAUUCAAAAACUGUUUGGAAAGUUUAAAUGGAAAUAUUAAUGAACAAGUUCAUUAUUUUCUUUGUUUAUCGUUAAAGUAUUUAACUCGAAAUAGUGAACAAUUGUCAAAUAAAAUUCAAUAUUCGAAUAUCAUUAAUUUGAUAAAACGAUGUAAUAAUGAGUGUAUCAAUACUGAACUUGUUUAUACAUUAGCAUAUAUGACUGAAAAAUCAACAUUGAAUAAUGAGUUAAUCGAUGAAUUGAAUAGUUUAGUAUUGAAUCGAUCUGAUUUAAACGAAGAUGCAAAAGUUUGUUUAUUAACUCGAUUAGAAAUCAGCAAAAAUGUUGAUCGUCAAGAUCAGCUCAAAACUGAACAUCGAUUUAAAUCAACAAGUCAAUCGAAUAGUAAACAAAAGCCCGCUAAAGUCGUUACCAAAACAAUUCAAACAGUAAAGUCAACUUACAAUAAUAAAGAAUCCGAAGAGACAAAAAUGAUGUUUUUGAAUCUAUCCGAUGCAUUAAAAAAUCGAAAUAAAAUGUUAAACAUGAAAACAACAUUAGAAAAAAUCGAUACUAUCGAUGAUACAAAUGGCGAUGAUAGAUCAAUGUGGAGAACUACUUGGGGAGAAUGUGUGAAUUUAUACUCAUUAGUCGUAUCACAAGGACAAGUAUUAAAAAGUGAUGACAAAGAUAAUUAUUUACCAGAUAAAUUAUUCGGUCGACAUUUUUGUACUGAUACGAAGAUUUUACUGCAGAAUCCGUUAGCGAUAAGAAGAAAACGAAAAAUCUAUUCAUUUUUUAUUAAUCGAAUGAUUGCUGCAACAUUACUUCGAGCAUCGAAAAAACAACAAUUAAAUAAUAAUGCAAUCGAUAAACUAAUGAAGUGCGUAACUGACUUGAAUUCGUUUGUUUCCAUUGCAUUGCAUUGUAAUGAUGAUGUGCUCGAUUUAAUAACCACUUCAAUGUAUGACACGUAUCAUGAAUUCAAAGAAUUAACCGAACCGGUUCUAGCCGUGAAUUUUAUUACGAAAAUAACGAGCAAAACAGUUGAAAUUGUUAUAAAAGAAGGAUGGCUAUGGAAUUCGACUGAAGUCAAACGAAAAAUUUUCGAUCAAUAUGAAUUAACUGAUAUAAUUAAAACUGAAAUCAAUCAACUUCGAUUGGACUGUUUAAAUGCUAUAUAUAAUUGUUCGAUUCGAGACAAACGAAUACUUACUAAAGAUCGAAUAACAAAGAUUCAAAAAUGUUUAAUAAAUCAUCAAGAAAACGAUGGAAAGUUUACGAAAUUAAUGUUUCAACUAAUGAGCAUAGGCGAUUCAAAUAAUGAUUUCGAUUAUCGAACAACAUUUGAAACAUAUAUCGAUGUUUUAGAACAUGAAGAAAGACGUGAAAACAUCGAAAUGAUUAUUAAUUUUCUUAAUAAUCAAGCGAAAGAUCUCAAUCGAAGUCGAGAAUUAUUUACCAAUAAAAUACUUUCGAAAUUAAUUGAAUUAUUAUUUCUUGAAAACUAUGACAUUGAAAUCAAAGAAGAUUUAUUGAAGAUAAUUAAUAAUUAUUUAGAACAUGAAACAAACAAGAGUUUAGAAGAUGAACAUCUCGAUUUAUUGAUACAGUUCAUUUUGAAUUCAAAUGAUUCAAGUACUAAUCUUGUUAAUUUAGUGUUAACAACUCUAUUAAUAAUUGCUGAAAAAGAUAAAAAAUUAUCAAAUGAAAUAGUCAACGAAUUAAUUCAUAAUAUGGAAUGUUUUGGAGAAAAUUCUGCGAAUUAUAUCAUAGUUAUAUUGACUCGAGUUAUUAAAAAGGAAAAUUCUAUUGAAAAUCAAGAAGAAUUAGAAAAAAUCUCAUCGAAAUUAGACAGUACUGAUGUUGCUCAAUUAGAUUCCGAUUCGAACAUGACUUUUACACAACGUUCCGAAGAGAAUCAACAUGGCAAUCAAAUAUCCUUACUUACUGCUAAUCUUCUAUUAUUAUCUAUUGAAAAACAAGUUCGAAUCACGAAUAAAACAAUUGGUAAUUUUGUUUCAGCUUUGAAUAGCGCUGAUAAACAAACAAAAAUCAUUUCAUCGAAAUGUAUUUACAAGCUCUCGAAAUAUAUGCCAUUAGACAAUGAUGUUCUUAGUCAACUGAAAGAUUUCAUCAAUGAUCCAGUUUAUGAUGUUAGUGUCUAUAUUCUUUCAGCUUAUUUAUAUGGUCUAGUAAAAUUAUCUCAAUUUGCUAAUCCGAUCAAUGCAAUGUUUAUGGAUAAUUUGAGUUCAUUAUUUGUUACGGAAAGUUUGAAACUUGGAGAGAUUAAUUUUGCAAAUGAAAUUAAUUUCAAUAUACUUGAAAUAUUUAAAUUCGAAGCAGAAAAACACAAAUUUGACGAUGAAAAUGUCUUUGCCCUAUUCGACAGUAUCUUAACACUAAAUGAAAAUCAAACUGGCACAAUACUUGAAAUACUUCAAAUCUAUACAAAUAAGUAUACAAUACCUUCAAGUACAAUCGGAGCUUUGGAAAAUUCACUUGGCUUUCCUGAACAUUUCGAAAAAUCUAUCUUGAUUUUUCAUAAUAUUAUUCGUAAUGGUCAAAUAGUUACAAGUAAAAUUUUGCAAAUCUUAGCUGACUAUUUGUAUAUGUCGAUCAAUGCUCGACGACGAUAUAAUGCAUUUAAAUUAUUAGAAAAAGCUCGACAAAAUCAAGAUUUGCCCACGAAUAUAUUUUACAAAACUGAAUUGACAAAAGCUGGUUUCAUUUUAUCUCGAUCAAUGAAUAAAAAAUCAAUUCUCCAAUUUCUACAAAAACAAACCAACAAUGGAAUGCAAUUGCCGAUCGAUACGAUUAAAGCAUUAGAAAAUGAAACUCAGAAUGAAUAUGCGCUACAAGUCGUGUACAAUAUAUCAAAAAAUAAACAAAUCAUCCAAUAUGAUUUAUUGAAUAAAUUAAUUGAAGAUUUUGAUCCUCAUCGUGAUCAAUUAAUUUUAAUUGGCAUUUUUGAAAAUGUAGCAAAGAAUAAUCAAACAUUAUCAUUUGAACUUUUACAAAAAUUAGAAAUAGCUUUAAAUCGACAAACAAUUGAAGAUGAAGUUUUUCCAAUAUUUAUUUAUUUGGCACAAAAAGGGGAAAAAUUAUCUGAAAAUAUUAUCAAAAAAAUCUUGAAUAAGAUUUCAUCUGAACAUGAUAUUAUGUUGAAACAAGAACUUUUGACUGCACUGGGAUCAUUAAUUGAAACUCAUCAUGUCGAUAUUAAACAAUAUCAAAAACAAAUCGAAGAAAUUCUAAUCAAAGAAAUCAAUUCAGAUAAUAUUCAUUUACAAAAAGUCUGCAUUCAUAUCUUAAGAGUAUUAUCUCGAUUUGUAAAGAUUAAUUUCAAUCUAUUCAAUGUGAUUAUAACAAUUGGUACAAGUUUAAAUUGUGAUCGAACAAUAAAAGAUGAGAUUUAUUCGUUAUUUACAUUGAUGGAAGAAAAUAAUUCGGAAUUGACGAGAAAAUGUAAAGCUAAAAUUCAAUUGGCUAAUUUAAAUUAUCAAUCAAAUAAUGAUUUAUUAAAUCAACUAAGAACAUAUGUCAAUCAAGGAAAUGAUUUAUUAGAAUUGAAAGAAAAAGCUUUGGAAAUUUUACAUUUAUCUAAAUCAAAGAAUCGAAUAACUAAUGAUCUUAUCGAAAGUCUUGUCCUUCUAUAUGAAAGUACGAAUUCGAAUCAAAUUAAAAAUUCUUGUUCAAAAUUACUCGAAGAUAUCAAUCGUAGUGGAAAAUCUUUGAAUGAAACAGCUGCUGAAAUUGUUUAUGAAAAACAAAGAAAUGAUCAAGCUGAUCAAAUUGAACAGUUAUUCACUCAAAGUAAUCUUUACAAACAAUUAAAAAAACAAUUUCAAUUCAAUGAUACACAAAUUAAUGAACUAUUCCGAAUUCUCAAAAUCAAAACGAACAUUUUAGAAAUCAAAACCAUCGAAAACUUAAUUGAAAUGUCAAUAAAAGUCGAUCCGAUUUAUUAUAAUAAUCAAACAUUUGUUUUUCUUAUUGAACAAACUUUAUUAAUGAAUAUAUGUAAUGAACUUACAUUACCAUGUUACUGUCGAAUGAUCAAAGAGAAAAAAUGUCAAAAAGCUGCCGAAAUUCUUGACAAAUUAGUUCAAAUCGAAAAUGAAUCAUCAUUAUUGCCUGUUCUUAUAGAAUCAAUUUAUCAUUCAUUGAAAAAUUAUUAUUUAUCUGAAAAUUGCAUUAUAUUCUUAGAAAAUCAUCUUAAUCAUACUAAUCGAAUGAUUCGAAGUUUUUCAUUUAAAGGAUUAAGAUCAAUUCGUAAUAAUGAUCAAUAUAAGAAAUCUCAACGAUUUCAAGAUUGGUGUGAUUUAAUAACAGAAAAUUUCUCAAAUGUUGGUGUGCAAAUUGACAAAAUUCCAAUGUAUUUGGAUUUAUUAGAGACAAUCAUUUCGUUGGAAUUUAUUGAUUUAAAUGUAUUUAAAAAAUAUGAGAACAAAUAUUGGAUAAGAGAAUUGAUCAUAUCAAGUUUAUUUGAACAUUUCAAAGUACAUAAUAGAGAAAAGCUCGAGUUUUAUAGUCAUUGGUUUAUCAUUGAAGAGAUUUUUAUGUAUCAGAAAUCUGUGAAGAUGUUGAGUUUAAUUAAUCAGAAAGUCGAAAAUUUCAAAACAAUCACAGAAGUUAUUGAUCUAUUUGUAUGUGUUCGUACAAGAUUGUAUGAUGACGUGAUGCUUAUUUUGAACAAUUACGAAUUUCCUUAUAAGAAAUUGAAAGAAGAUGGAUGUAUGGAAAUGAUGAAAAAGCGAUUUGUAAACAAAAAUAUCAAUGAAAAUUAUUUGAAUCAACUUUGUACAAAUAUUUGUACACAAUUUAAUAUGAAAUUUAUUGAAAAUCUUUUCAAAUGUUUAUCCCGAAUAGAUAAUUUACGAGAAUUUGAAUAUAUUAUUCAAUUCUGUUCGGAGAAAACAGUUAAUUUAAACGAUUUAGUUUUUCAAAAUCUUGAUAUUACUCAAAUGAAGAGUUUAGUUGAAAUCGAUUAUUUAUGCAAGAAAAUUAAAUUCAAUGGUGAAAAACAAACUUCUCGAGAUGACUUAUUCAAUAAUUUACACAUUUUAAUGAAAAAGAAAUGGACAUUUAAUCAACUUGAUGAAUUAAUUGAAUCAUUUAAUUCAAGUUAUUCAAAUCAAAAAUUUGAAAAUUUUCUAAAUAUAUUAAAACUUCUUAAUCAAUAUAAUUUAUCAUUUUCACAACAUGUCAAAUGUAAUCAAAUCAUUCGAGAUUCGAAAAAUUUUGUUGAACAAUUAAAAGGAUUAAAUCGAUUAAUUAUUGAAAAUAAUUUUCAAUUAAAAGGUAAAGUCAAAAAUCCAACAGAACUAUUAAUUGAAUUAGAAGAAAUUAAUGCAAACAAUCCAACUUCAGUCAAAUAUAUAAGGACAGAAUUACCUAAAGAAUUAGAAGAAAUUAAACGAAAAGAUUUGAAAUCAUCAAUUGAAUAUUCUCAAUUGCCAAUAUCUAAAUGGGAAAUUAAACAAAUUAACCAUUGGUCAACAGAGAUUAAAUCUAAAGAAAAACAAUUUAGCAAUGUAGAAGCUAUUGCUGUUAUAAAACGAGCCAAUUUUCUAUUUACUGGUUAUCAUUUGACGGAUACACAAAUCUUAUGCAGUUUAAUAGCAUUAAAAACUGAAUCGAAUAUUCGAGGUAAAUUAUUACAAGUUGCUACUGGUGAAGGUAAAUCGACUAUUGUAUGCAUAUUAGCAAUCAUAAAUGCAUUGAAAAAGAAACAAGUUCAUGUUAUAACAAGUUCACCUGUUUUGGCAGAACGAGAUAGUAAUGAAAAAAAGAAAUUAUUUAAAAUGUUUGAAUUAACUUGUAGUGAUAAUAAUGAUAAAAUAGUUUAUUUACAUGGUCGAAAGGAUUGUUAUAAAGCUGAUAUUAUCUAUGGUGAAGUAUCACAAUUUCAAUUCGAUUCAUUAAGACAUCAUUAUAGUAUGUUAGGUACACUCGGUAAUAGAAUAUGUGAAAUAGCUAUCGUCGAUGAAGUCGAUAGUAUGCUUAUUGAUGAUAGUUCGAAAAUUGCACGUCUUUCAUCGACAGCUGGUGGAAUGGAUUAUUUUCAAGUUGUUUAUAUUUAUCUUUGGCAAAGAUUAUUAUCAAUUAAAGAAAGAUUUAUCAUGUUUAAUAAUACAAUGUAUUUAAUUUUCGGUCGAAUUGAAUUUGAAAAUGGCAAAAUUGCAUUGGAAUACUGUGAUGAGAAUAAUAAUAUUAUCAAAAUACCUGAUUUAGAAAGUUAUAUUUUAAAAAAUAAUGAUAUCAGUCAUAUAGGAGAAAUCAUUCAUGGUGAUUUAGAUGAAUAUUUAAAACAAUCUUUAGAUGAUUAUUUAACGAAUUUAAUUAACGAAAAAAAAUUAGAAAUUCCAAAGAAUUAUCAACAAUUUUAUGAAACACAAAAAUCUAAAUGGAUAUAUAAUGCAAUUGAAGCAUUAAAUUAUCAAGAAAACAUACAUUAUAUCGUACAAGAAGGUCAAAUCAAACCAGUUGACUAUUUUAACACCGGUAUUGUACAAAGUGCAACGAAUUGGAGUGAUGGUUUACAUCAAUUUUUGCAAAUAAAACAUAAUUUAAAAAUGACUUCAGAAACAUUGACAACAAACUUUUUAUCAAAUAUUGGCUUUAUAAAUAAUUAUUCGACUGUUUAUGGUCUAACUGGUACACUUGGUUCGGAAAAAGCUAAACAAGUUUUAAAUCAAGUUUAUCAUGUUGAUUUAGUUAAUAUUCCACAAUUACGUGAGAAACAAUAUCUCGAACUCGAAACUAUCGUUGCUCAAGAUGAAAGCAAAUGGGUCGAACAAAUCUGUUCAACAGUAUUAAUCGAGACGAAAAAAGAUCGAGGUAUUUUAAUUAUCUGUGAAAAUAUUUCUCAUGCAAAUCAACUUGGUGAAUUAUUAAAAAUUCAACAUCGAUCAACAGCCGUUAAACUCUAUACAAUGAACAAUAUGAAUCAAGAGAAACAUGUAGAAAAGAUCUUACCCGGUGAAAUUAUCAUUGCAACAAAUCUAGCUGGACGAGGAACAGAUAUACGUACAGAUGAAAUCGAAGAAUUCGGUGGUUUGCAUGUUAUUAUCACUUUUAUGCCAAAUAAUCAACGUGUUGAAGAUCAAGCUUUUGGAAGAACAGCUCGACAAGGCAAACGUGGCACGGGAUUGAUGAUUAUAAAUGGCAUGAAUUUAAUUGAUUAUAAAAAUGUUAAUACUAAAGAAGUUAAACAGCGAAGAGAUGAAAUCGAAUCAAAGAAUUUAGAUGAAUUUCAAAAUAAUGAACUGAAAUUAAUUCAAAUCAAAGAUAAACUAUUUAAACAAUUUUCUCAAUUUUUAAAUAAUGAAAUUCGUCAUCAUAUUCGAUAUGAGCAAGGAUCCUUUCGAGCAACUUUAAAUGAAAUAACAGAAGUAUUUAAAACUGUCAUGCCAACUGUCUACGAAACAAACAUAAUUGCAGCUGUUGAAGAACAAUGGGCAAUGUUUCUUAAACAAAUCGAUGAUAAUAAGAUACACUUAUAUCAUGCCGAAAAAGAAUGCAAUAAAUUGAUUGAUACUUUAAGAACAGAUUACAAAGAAGGUAAUAUUAUUAAAAAUGCAUAUUAUCAUACAGUAAUUGCAAAUGAUAUUCUUGUAAAUCAAUGGUCAAUACGUAAUUCUUCAAAAGCUAAAGAUGCAUUGAAUCAUUUCGAAAAAGCUAUUCAGUUAGAUGAAGCUGCAUCUGGUGCAGCUUAUUUAGGUGUUGGUUGGUGUUCACUUCUAAUUCAAAAUGAUAAUUAUAAAAAGAAAGCACUUAAAUCAUUUGAAAAAUCAUUAGAAAUCUUAUCGAAUGAAAUGGCUAUGUUCAAUUCCAUGCAAUUACUUUUAGAACGAAAACAACCGACAUUUACUGGUAGUGAACUCUACAAACAAUUUAUGACGAAAACAACUAUUUUAGGUACAUAUUUGAAUAGUAUUCAAAGUAAUAUCAGUGCUAUCAAAAAAUCAUUACGACUUAUUGAUUUGAUUCAAAUUAAACAACAAUGGAAGGAUAAUAUUUUCGAAACGAUCGGAUAUCAUUACGAACUUGAAAGAAAUAGUGAAGAAAAAUUACCAAUUGAAUUACAUAAGAAAACAAAUUGUAAUUUAAUAUUCAAUGAUUUAACAACAAGAGAAGAUAGUGGUACAAUUGAUCAAGCAUUAAUAACUGUAAAUAAUGCAUAUAAAAAAGGAAAACUCUCAUUAUCAUAUGAUGACAUAUCUGUUACAUUGAAACAAACAGAUUUAGAUCGAAUAAAAACUAUGUUUAAUCAAAAUAAAGAAUAUUUUGAUCUAACAAAAGAAUCGGCUAUUGCUCAACUUAAAAGCGAACGAACCAUGUGGAAUACACUUCGUAUGACAAGUUCGUAUCAAGUUGAUUUAAAAAUUAAACCUACUAAUGGAAAAAUUGAAGAAAUCAAUGGUAGACAAAUGAAUGAACUUAUGGAAUUAAUUGAAAAACGAAACGAUGAUACACUUCGAUUUGAUAUGAUUAUUAAAGAUGCAAAUAUCAAUGAAGUGAAUCAAUAUUUCAAAUAUACAGCUUAUGAUUUGACAAAUCUUCAAGUUGAUUUCGAUCGUUUGGAUUAUGAAAGUUUAAAUGCAAAACUUUCUUCAAUCAAAGCCAAGUCUUUAAAUAUCGAAAUGGUUUUGACUAAGUCAAUACUUUUGCCGAUGAUUAAUCGCAAUGUAUGGAUACAAGCUGCAAAAGUAUGUGUAACUGAACAGAAACUCUAUGAAAAAGUCAAUCGAAAUGAAUUAUUAAAACGAGUAAAUGAACUUAAAAAUGAUGAUUCAUAUUUUAAUAUUAAAUUUGAAUCACUACAAGUCAAUCAAAUUCAAAACAUUGUAGAAUAUUGUAAAGAAAUGUCGUUCAGUGUUUCGUUUAUUGACAUUGAUUUGUAUAAAAGUAUUCAAGGUCUUAAUGGACAAGCAAAUUUUCAUUUUAAUAAAUUAAAUAAAUCAACAUCAAAAAUGAUAAUUGAAAUUCUUCGUAAAGAGAAUAUGGAAUUUUCUCUUGUAUUUCAAAAUUUAAAUCAUGAUCAAGUUGAAUAUAUUGUGGCUCAUGCAAAUCUCGAACAAGAAAAUAUACGAAUAAAUAAAGUAAAAAAUAUUAUGGAGUUAUACACAAAAAGUUUUAUGCCUAUUGUUGAAUUGAAUGAAUUUACAGCGAAAGGUAUCGAAUACAUGUUAGAAAUCAAUGAGAAACGAUUUAUUCCUUGGCGAAGUGUCAUAGCUGUUGCUACACUAGCAUCUCUUCAAAUCCUUGCUGGUGGUGUUCUUAUUGCUACUGGAUUUGGUGCAUCUGUGGGAAUGGGUAUAAUCACUGAAGGUAUAGCUGAUAUGUUUACUGCCUAUCGAGCAUUUAGUAAUAGGCAAUUCAAUUGGGCAGAUUAUUGUAAACAAAAGGCUGUUAGUUUAAUCAUUUCAGCUGUUUCAAUGGGCUAUUCGAAGCUUAAAGAUGCUGGAAAAGGUGUCAAGACUCUUGCUGGAUCGGUUGGUACAGAAGCACUUGAACAAGCCGGAACACAAUUCACAACAAAUACAAAAACUGUAGGUCAAACAUUUGUUCAAACAGGCAAAAAUUUAAAAAGUCUUACAUUUAAAUUUACUGGUGUUAAAGUAGGUGAAGCAAUUGCAAGAGAAGGUCUCAACAGUGGUGUGCAAUAUUUAUCGACAUUCUCAUUUGAUUUAAUUAAACCGCAAAUAUGUGAAUCAGUUCAAACCAAAGUUCAAGCGAUAUUUUCUAAACCCGAUAUGACAUAUUUAUUACGAAAAAUGUAUACACUAGAUUUGCAAACCAAAUCAAAAGUAUUACAAUCCAGAAUCGAUCAAAUUGUUGCUGAUACAAUCAAUCCACGACAUGAUUUUGCUCGUAGACAAUGGGAUUCAAUUGGUGGACCAUUACUCAAAGGUAUUUUGGCAGAUUCGAAAAAUUAUGGCGGUGCUAUCAGUAUGACAUUUCGAAUUCUUGGUACAUUGAAUGCUUUACCCACGUUAUAUACAUUAAUUGAUAAAGUUUACGAUGAACUGAUUAAGAAACUGACACAAAUCGAUAAAAAUACAAUGACAUUCACGCUUAUCUUACAUCGAAAUAUGAAGUUGGACAAAGAACGUGCACAAGAUGCAGUGAAUGUAUUUAAACAUUUGAACAUUAUUGACGAAAAUGAUAAUUUAAAACUUUCGUCUUAUUAUGAUGUUGAAGCUGAAUGCAUCGAAUUGAAACGUAAAAUAGAUAAAUUCGAUCAGAAAGAUGUUGUCGAGUUUAUGAAAUUAUUCUGUGAUAACUAUAUACGAGUUGAAUAUGAUUCAUUUAGUCUAAUCAUUAAAUCUGUUGCAGACAAAAUAACUGAACAAUUAAUACAAAUUAUUGAAUCACAAUUAAUACAACCAUGGUCAACAUUAGCAGUUAGUAGUUUAACAAGUCAUCUCUCGAAUCGAAUUCAAGAUAAAUAUUUGGUUAAUAAAGAUCAAAAUUCCGAUAGUCAAAAUGAAGAUCAAAAGAAAUAUGAUGAACUUAAAAAUAAAGAAAACUUAACAGAAGAAGAUAAAGCAUUCAUGAAAAACUAUAGCAAGUAUCGAACAUUUGCCGAGCAAAUCAAUUACAAUGCAAAAGAUCAUUGUAUUGCCUUUACACAAUGUGAAAUAGCUUAUAAUGCAAAGAAUUCGAGCACAGGACAAAAUGAUAAAUCAUCCGAUCAAAAAGUCCAAGAACGUGCUGAUGGUGUCAGAGGUAAUAAACCUGCUACCAUGGGCGAAAUGAGUGCCUUGUUCAAAAAACACGACAUUAAUGCAAAAGUAGUUACUGAUGAAAAUUAUGAGAGAACACAAGAAGAAAUCGAUAAUGGUGUUGUAAUUGUAUAUGUUGAAAAAGGCAGUAAAGAUGCAAAUAAUGUUGAUCAAGUUGGACAUGCUUAUUACAUUGAUGAACAGGGAAAUCGUAUUGACGUUGAAUCUAAGCCCAACGAUUGUUUUUAUGGAGCUUUUAGUAAAAUUUUAGAGACAAAAGGUAUAAACAAAUCGGUGCAAAAUAUUCGUAAUGAAUUAGCUGAUGAUAUUCAAUCGAAUAGAAAUUAUUCGAAAGUAAUCGAAGCAGAAAAUUGGAUGCAUGAACGAUAUCCACAUGAAGCGAAUAGUUUAUUAUUUGCAGCUGGAUUACGUUUAGUACCUUCGAAAGAACACGAAAACGAUAAAAAGAAAUAUAUAAUGGUCAAAGGCAAAAAGAAAACAAAACAACCUUUGACAGAAAACGAAGAAUCGUUUUUGGAACAUUAUGAAGAAACAGCUCAUUUAGAAGUUGAGCCUGGCGAUCCUAAAGCCGUUCGUGACGCAGCAUCGUCAUCGAAUCCGCGUGGUCACCCACAUGAUAAUCCAUUUAAAAAUGCCGUGUUGAAAGGCGAAUGUCCGGUAUCUCCUGAAGAUAGCAGUUACCAUCAUAUCGUUCCAAAUAAUGAAUUAAUGGAUUUGAUACCGAAGGAAACCGAAUCUGGACAGGAACAAAUACAAAAACUAAAUAAUUAUGUAAACAAACCACAUAUUAGUAAAGUUAUUAUUGAGAAUGAUCUCAGCAGUAAACCACAGGCCGCUCACGGCAAAGUAAUUGUCGCAUCGAUCGCCAAUAAUCCACAUAACUACGUUUAUGGCCCACGACCAGACUAUCGAGGAAAAGAUCCAGGAGGAUUGAGAGAUGAUGAAUUACUCGAUGCACAAUCACCUGAAUAUCAGAAUGAUGUUAAUACUUAUGAGGCAAAUAAAAGUCUUGAUACGUUCGGUAAUAUACGAGCCACUCAGCCCGUAAAUUGGGAAGCGAAGCGAGAACCAGGCGACAAGGACGAUAAGUACUUUGUUAAAAAACCAUAG